AUGAUUAGCUUAAUUUAUUGUUGUCUCGAUUACAUUUCAUUACAAGCACCAAAAACAUCUCGACGUAUACCAUUAUAUGCCUGUCUAUGCUCGCCACUUUCAAGAGUUCCAUGGUUGCUUAGACCAUUCGUCAAAAAACCUAAACUAGUGAAUAUAUUCUGUGUCCUAGUACCAGCAAUCAUCACCAUUGGAACUUUAGUCUGGACAGUGAUUAUCACGGUUGCUUACUAUCAAGAAGCAUGGACUUAUGUUGAGCUGUUUGAUAAGAUGACGAUAGCUAGUAAUCAAUGGGAUUCUGGAGACGUAGCCAACAUUGAUUACCCAGGUAUCUUUAAAAGUGCAGUAGAGCUUGUGGAUGCGAAUCUCAGGCUUAUCGAGAAAGUCAGAUGGAAUUCAUUUUGGUGGGCUCUCGUCAGCCUGUUUACUCUCUUUUUCUGUUCGGUUUCCGGAUGGGCUCUGGUCCAACUCCUUCGAUAUAGUACAUCUAUUGUCAAGAAACUACAUAUGAAUCGAACUCAUGUUAAAGAUUUAGGUUAUUCAAAUUAUGUAUGGACAGAAGCUAGCGAGAUUUCACUGGCACUCCGUAAAGGCUACAUUUAUUUGUUAUCACAUGGCGUGGUGAUGAUAGCCUCGAUGUCAUAUAAAACAGUGAUUUGUAUAUUGAUUGGUAGUAAGGCAGAUUUAGUCAUUGCUACCUCCCACUGGCGCGCCCUUGGAUCUUGGCUGUACCUUGUGAGUGGUGUAAUUGUGGUAGGUGCACUGCUGCUUCAAAGUUGGCGAAUCUUUACCGACCUUGAUAUCAUCAUCCCUCAAACUCAAAUGGAUGCACAAAAGUCUGAUCAUAUUGAUGGGAAUAUCAGCUCACCCACCGUUGAUAGCAUUUCCAUGAAUAAAUUCACUGCUGAUAAUGAUGAAGUCGUAGAGCUCAAACAGCACCUUCAAAUUCCAAACUCUAAAUCUGCUUCUCGCCAACAACAGCCACAGGUGAUGGUGAUUCAUCAAGUGAUGGUAAUCCGUAGAGCUUUUUAA